AUGUCCAAAGAAGCCAGAUAUGGGCUAUUGUACAGUGAAUAUGAAUUUUCAACCUAUGCGCGUAUUCCCUUUGAGAAAUUUGUACUUAUCAUAGUAUGUUUCCCAUUAUUUGCAUUCAUAUUUUGUGUUACUUACUCCGUCCUAUUCAAUUUUGAAAGUGCGACGUACACUCACUGUGAUGUUUACAACAUGCUUCCUUCAAUAUCAGCAGCAAUUGGAAAUUUUUCGCCCCAGAAACAAAUUUGGCAGGUAGCAAUUGCAAUACAUGCCAUCCCUAGGUUUUAUGUUGCUUUUGAAUAUUGGAAUUACCACUACAGUGUUCUCCGUUCCCAGGAUUUAUGGAUUGCAAGACUUGCCUUUCCUCUUAAUAUUCUGGAAAAUGUUGCUCUCAUAGUGUUGUCCUUUUUCACCUCUUCAAAGUCUUAUGCUGUACAUGAGAAGGCUUUCAUCACUUUUAUUGUAGGAUCAGAAAUCUACAUGAUUUUGACAUGUAUAUUACAAAGUAGGUUCAAAAAACAAUCAAGGAUAAGUCUGAAAUGGAAAAAACGGUUUUUGUUCAUUAAUGUAGUUUGCAUUAUAACAGCAGUAUAUUUCUUCAUGAGACACAAUUCCUUUUGUGAACCUUAUGUUUAUACAUUGUUUGCAUUAUCUGAGUACAUCGUAGUUCUAUCCAAUAUGGCGUUCCAUUUGACUGCCUAUUUCGACUUCCAAAACAAGGAUUUAGUCAUUUACAAACAUGGUCUUGCUCUCACAGAGAGAUAA